AUGCCUGCUACCGCCGAAGCUGUGAAUGGUGUGAACGGAGUACACAAACCGGGCGACAUACCUGUUACGAGCAUCUUCUCGAAAUUCGUCGCCAAUGCGAGUACCGAGGAUCUGACUCCCCACAUACGAGACCGUCUGAAGGAAUACAUUAUCGACUUCAUCGGCGUGACCCUGGCCGCAAGCCACUCGUCGGAAUCGACAAUACCGUUCUGCAACGCCGUCAAGGCCCUGGGAGGCCAGAGUAAUGGCUCGUGUACCGUCCUGGGCAAGGGUAAAUCCUUCACCCCUCAAUAUGCUGGCCUGCUCAACGCCACCUUGGGCCAUUCUCUGGAUUUUGACGACACCUAUGCGAAGGGGACUUUGCAUGCGGGCGUCACAGCCAUCGGUGCAGGCCUGACACAGGCAGAACUGCUGGGCGACCAGGCGAGCAUGGACCGGUUCUUGCUUGCUGUUGCUGUGGGAUAUGAAAUCACCUGUCGUCUAGGCAAGGAGCUCAGCAAUGAUGCUUACUCUCGCGGCUUUCACAAUACCUCCACAGCCGGGAUCUUCGGUGCCGUUGCCACAAUUGCGGUCCUCAAAGGCUUGUCGAUCGAGACCGUCGAAAACGCGUUUGGUCUGGCAGGCUCCAAGGCUGCCGGGUCGAUGCAAUAUCUCGAGAACGGAAGUUGGAAUAAGCGACUCCACCCGGGUUUCGCAGUGCAUGAUGCGUUCGUGUGCGUGGCUCUGGCCGAGGCGGGCGUCAUUGGUGCGGCGAAGAUCUUCGAAGGCACAUUCGGCUUUCUGCAUGCGUAUAGUCCGAAACCGGAUAAAGAUCUUAUCUACCUCACCGCAGACCUGGGAAGCAGAUGGGAGUUUCUCGAGACGUCUCUGAAGCCAUUUCCGGCCUGCCGCAUGACGCACGGCUUCAUUGAGCAUGCAGUGAGACUGGGGCGUGACAAGGGCUGCUCCAAAGCUCAGGAUGUGAAGAGCAUCACUUUGGCGCUGAGUCCUGCAAAUGUGAGCGUUGUAGGGGCACCGAUCCCCAACAAAAUCCACCCAGAGAACAUGGUCGACGCUCAAUUUUCUGCCUACUUCACCACUGCGAACAGCUUCCUGUACGGCUCUGACAAUGGCGUCCGCUGCUAUGAAAAGGACAGGCUGAUGGACAGUCAAAUCCGGGAGCUAUCUGAUAAGAUCAAGUGUGUCGGCGAUAGCUCGAUCAAGGAGUUUGGUUCGAAGAUGAAAGUCGAGUAUGCGAAUGGGGAGGUCUCUGAGAUCGAUAUCCCCUAUCCCUUGGGGGAACUGCAACACCCCUUCACCCGGGAACAGGUUGAUGCGAAGUUCUUCAGUCUGGUGAAUCCGAUAUAUGGCGAGGGGAAGGCGAAGAGCAUAAGGGAUGCAGUAAACAGACGUGAGAGAGUAUGCAUCAUGUAA